AAGGGGUAAGGACAUCCCAGUGAAAGCAGGACGAGGAGUUAAAAAGACACAUUCCCCCUCCUCCACCAGCCCCACCAAGCCUGAGGAGGAGGAGCCUAACUCGGGGGCCGUGACCCAGCAGCUGAAUGGCAGCCCUGCAGCCUCCGCUAUUGGCCAGCCUCUGGAUCUGCCCCCACUGGCCCAUCCAAUCCCAUGUGCCUUAGCAAGCAGAGACAACCAAACAGAGGAGGCCCCAUGUUGCCUUGACGACUGUCCGUCAGAUGGAACGCUAACGAAGGAGGCGUGAUGAGGCUUUCCCAGAAUGCACCAGGGUGUUCUGAAAAAGCUGUCUGUGUUUCACUGCCGUCUGCCCUGCCCCUUGAUUUUGUCACGUGGUUUUAUUUUAUCUUAACGAUCAGAGGUUUUUCUCCAUGAGUCCGUAUAUGUUCGCCCCUGCCUCCCUAAAGCCCCGCCCCCAUGGCCCGUCACUAUAGUAACCCCAGCCCACUGUCUCUGAUGGUCCCUCCCUAGUGUUAAUAUUCAUACCUGGAUCCUUACGGUUAGACUUGAACUACGGUGUUUAGUAGUAGUGUGUUUAGAUACACUAACGUCGACACUACCACACACUGUUGGCUAGGUGCCUGGGUUUGGUUGCCAUGGUUAGUGUGUAAAGGUUUGGUUGCCGGGUGUGUCGGUUUUUGCCAUAGGGACCUCAUGGUGAGCUCAGAGUUCUAGGAGUGUUGGACUCUCGAAGUGUCAGAGGAGGAAUAGCGAAAGAAGAGGUUGAAGAACGAAUGAGUGCAGUGUUUGUGUGCUAAAUAAGCGCGGUUUACCACCAAUAAUGAUUUAUUAGUGUUAGCCGCGCCACUAACCACCCAGAGCGUGUGUUUGCAUUGCUCUGACCCUUCAGUAGCAUUUGCACCGCUGCACCACUAAUGCAUUAGCAUGCUAACGUAGCCCACACCAUGAAUAACAUUAGCACUUGCCCUAAUAUGUUAGCGUGCUAAGUUAGCCUAGCUCAGCCGUAUUUAGAACCCCUGACCACAGAUGUAAUGUAUGUACGCACCUUAACCUGACGCUCCAACGUAUGGAAGCUCUUACCCCUGUAUUAGAUUAUAUCCCCUAUGCUCUGAUUGUAUAUCCCAGCAGGGAGCACUUACUAAUGUAGGAUUCAUUGAUUUAAUAUUGAUUAUUGAUGACCAGACCUCCGACAGUUUGUCUGAGAGAGUUCCCUUGCGACCUAGGAAAUCACUUUGAUCAUUGACCUCAAGGUCUAUUUUAACAUGGCCUUUGUGUUAUGUAAACGAGACCUGUUUGAAUGUGAUCAGAGUAGGGCUGCACAAUUCAUCCAAAUCGCAAUAUUGACAUGUGCAAUAUCCAUAUCGCAAUAUUUUGCAACCCCACUCAGCCGCGUGUACGGUCCGUUUUUAUCGUUGACUCUGUCGUCCCUCUCCUCUUGCGGCUGCUUCCCACAACAAAGCUCCGCCCCCUGUCACUCAAGCAGCACAGUUCCUGUUCUGUUAGAUUCACUAGAAGUUUGCAUCCUGAUCAGUCAACACAUUGUUCCAAACAAGAAUGAUGCUGCUUUCCACUUUGCUUCUUAAUAUAAAUCAUUAUAUUUCUCUGAUUCCAACUGUGUUUUGAUCGAUCACAAGUCAAAUUGUAAUAUUUGUUAAAUAAAUAAUGUGCCAAUAUGGUACAGCUCUGGAACGGAGUGAUCUUUAGAGGAAGACGUUUUAAAAGGAAUCCUCUAGCAGGUCAGAACAUUCAGGCCAUCAGAGAAAGAGAACAUCUUUGUAUCUGUGCUGUUAUUGCAUCUAUGACAGUAUGGGUAGCGCUAUUGAGGCUAGCUCCAUUUUAAAGUAGUCCAUUUUCUUCACAGUUAGCUAAUCCCUCCCAGUUUGACAUGACUUCAACAGRGUCACCAGGAGGGAUCAGCCAAUGAAGUUGGGAGGCCCACCCAGUUGACUACAUUAAAAUGGUGGAAGCCCUCAAUGGUGCUGCCCAGGCUAAUACGGCCUGUUGGCUACUAGAGGCCUCUAUCAUUCUCUAUGGGCCAAGUAUGGUGCCACGUCAGGGAACGGCAGGGUCAGGGCUUAAAGGUCAGAGUGCUGUAGAUGCCAAGCUCCUCUUCUAACUGGCACCUUGUCUAAAUGAACCCAAGGCUGCAUCUCAAAUGGCCCCUGCGUAGUGCACUACUUAUUCUGUUCAUCA